UGAUAACUUGGUAGUUUAUGGGUAAAAAGGUAACCGCCAGCGUAACGACUUGGACGGUUUCACGACACACCUGUGUGUGUCUAUUUCGUAGGGGUGUAUUUCUGGACUCGACAAUUAUGGGAGCUGCGAGCGGAGUGCUUCAAGCAGAAUCCCAGCGUCCAUUGGAUGCCAGCGAUGUCAACACCCCGCGAGGCGAGUCGGCCAAGCAGGAAGUGAUCCGGCUGCGAGCGCUGCUGGCCAACGAAUCUGCUGCCGCGUCGUCCCAAGCUCAAUCCAGCCAACAUCAAGCAUCGCCGUCGACAGGUCUGCCUCCGCUGUUUGCGCGGUACGCGGAGCGCAUCUUUCUCGAAGUGGACGUGGACCAGAGUGGGUACCUCAGCUACGACGAGCUGUGGAGCAUGAUCCAAGAUAAGAUGAGCCUCGGGCUAUCCCCGGUCGCCAUCGAAGCCAUCAAAGCCCACAGCGGGCUGGCCUCUGGCACAGACGUGAGCUGGCAGCAAUUUUUGACCAUGCUCCCCGAGCUACUCAAGCUGCAGCUGCGACAGAGUGAAGCGUCGGCGGCCGACUGGUGUGAACUCUCGACGGAAACGGGCUCCGUCUACUACUACAACAAGCGCACGCAGCUGUCGCAGUGGGACAAACCGACGUGGGAUUUACCCGCCGACAUGCAAGCCGACAUGAUCGCCGUGUUCCAAGCUGCGGACAUGGACGGCAGCGGGUAUUUGAGCUGGGACGAGUUUGGCAUCUGCCUGCGCCACCAGCUCCAACUCGGGCUCUCCGACGACCAGCUCAAUGCUCUCCAAUCGCAGGUCCUGUAUACAUUAAUUGGGCGACUUGGAAUUGGUCGCCAAAUGUUAAUUCAUGUGUUUUAAUAGGUCGUGCUGCAGCCAGAUCGCGGCGUGUCCUGGAACGACUUUGUGCGCGCGGCGCCAGAUUUACUCAGCAAUUGGCUCUGGCAAGGGCAACCUGUCGCUAAAUAGUGUUAGAAUACGAAGCAUGCUGUACAAAAAUGGUCACGUUUUGUUAAUACUUGAUCGACACCACACACGACUGGUCGAUCGCGUUGGCGUGCAAGGCGGCGACGACGGCCGGUUCCAGUGUUUGCAAGAACGAUGCCUUGGACUACUACAAAUGUGAAUCAAGGACUCCUUUUGUUAAGACCAACCUGUUUCAGUUGCGCGGCUUCGUCGGGGGUCAUAACCCCCUUGGGCCGGUGUCCAUCUGUUAACAAUUGGCGACCAGUUUCGGCAUCGAUUUCACAUUUGACGGUCUGCAACUGCACACGAAUACGGGGCUCGGGGGCGUGCAAUUUCUCGGCUAAAUACGCUUCCAACGACUUGCCCCGGGGCACACGCAUCGUUCCUUGCUAUAA